AUGACUGAAAUUCGUCUUCGAAAAACUGCUACAGGAACACGGAGAAAUGAAAGCGACCGUGAAAUUUAUCGUACACCAUCAAAACAAACAAGAAAACACCAGCACAUAAUCUGCAACGCUUACCACACCGCGCUGCGAAGGAAAAACUUACGGGAAA